AUGCAAUCCAUACCAGAUGGCCCGCUGGGAGUCAAACAGACUGACCGAGCCAUCAUCAACCUCAUCGUAAUGCCAGACGGAGUCAGAACACCCAAUGGAACAAAAACACCAACAAACGAGCCCGAAUCAAACUUCGAAAUCAUAACCUGGACCGGUCCCAAUGACCCCGAAAACCCACAAAACUGGCCACGGCGAAUGAAGCUCCUGCGCUCCUCAGCAGCACUGACCGUAAUCUUCGCCAUUGCAUUCGCCUCCAGCGUCUUCGGUGCCGCAGCCGACGUCACAGCAGCCGAGUACGGCGUCUCCCAAGAAGUCAUGUCUCUAGGAGUGGCACUGUUCAUUGCCGGAUUCGCAACGGGCCCGCUCGUCUUUGCGCCGAUGGCUGAAGUCGUCGGUAACGCUCCCGUGCUAGCUGUUGCACUGGCGGGGUGUGCGCUCUUUCAAAUCCCGCUAGCUCUAGCGCAGAGUGUGGUCACUAUCCUGGUUUGUCGGUUUCUAGCCGGGAUGUUGGGUAGUGGAGGUCUUGCGGUGGGCUCGGGGAUACUGGCAGAUAUCUACGGGCCGAUUGCUCGCGGCGUGGCGGUGGGUAUGUCUGCGUCGAUUAUGAAUCUGGGAUCUAUCAUUGCUCCGAUUGCGGGGGCUUAUAUCGUUGAUCGAUGUGGUUGGAGGUGGACGGCGUGGGUUACGUUGAUUCUCUGCGGUGUCGUGGGUAUUCACGCUGCGCUGUUACUCCGCGAGUCCUCACAUAAUCGCAUCCUCAUGCGUCGCGCGGCUAGACUCCGCCGUGAAACGGGGAAUACGAAUCUCCGUGCUCGCGCUGAGAUGGCAUCUCUGGAUCCACGCGUCCUACUGCGAAAGUACUGCACCAAACCGGUGCGGAUGUUCAUCCAAGAACCCAUUCUGAUAGUCAUGACCCUAUACCUAACUCUCGUCUAUGGCACGCUCUACCUAUCAUAUCAGUUAUUCCCCAAGGCAUUUCAGAAUCGAGGCUGGAGGGAGCCCACCGCAACUCUACCUUUCAUUUCCGUCGGAUUGGGUGUAUUGGCCGCACUGGGACUAUUCUCGUUAUUCACAAUGACCUGGUACAAGACACGGUGGCUAGCCUCACAAAAGGCCAACCCAGAAGAAGCAGCAGCGACAGGAGGAAAAGGGAAACAAUCCACCCAAAUCACCCCAGAACAUCGACUACCCCCCAUGAUCCUAGGCGCAGUGAUCCUCCCACCCGCCCUCAUCUGGUUCGGCUGGUCAGGAAACGCCCACUGGAUCUCACAGACGAUCGCCUGCUUCUUCAUCGGGAUGGCACUGCAACUAAUUUUCACCAGCGGCAUUGUUUACAUCGUCGAUACUUAUCUGGUGAAUACCGUCUCGGCCAUAUCGAUUCACGUCAUGGUUCGGUCGUUGGUCUCUGCUGUUUUUCCGAUCGUUGAAGGGCCCAUGUAUGAAAGGUUGCAUAUUAAUUGGUCUGCGACGUUGCUGGCGGGGAUAUCGGCCCUGAUUAUGGUCUCGCCGAUUGUGUUUAUGAUAUAUGGAUCUCGGAUUCGGAGUUGGAGUCGGUUUUCGGUUGGGAGUAAUCAGAGUUAG